UCUAGUUGAGGGGUUGCAGCUGAGUGACACUGGUGUCGUCCACGCUUUCCCACAUCAGCUCCACUGGCUCCUGUAUGACUAACUACACUCCGGAGUCUCCCCUGCAUCGGUGCUGCUUCUCCUCACCUCCAGCCGGACUUCUCCACUUAGGUGGAUUAUGGGACUAAGAUGUCUAGCGAAAGUAAAGCGAGGCGACACACACACACACACACGUAGAGAAGGCGAGUGAUACGCAGAAGAAAAGAGCCGUGUACCAUGGAGACAACCCCUCACCCAAAGGCAGGCCAGCGUUGGGGUUGGAGAUCGUCCGCCACGGAGGCCGAGUCAGCAGAGCCUCACCUGCAGAAGUCCAUCGCUAAGAGGACGGGGGAGCGCUAGCCAGCAUCUAUGACCAACCCUAACUUCCCCCUGUGGGGGCGGUGCUCGGCGCUCUGUGCCCUCACGGUGCUCCUGUCUGUGGCCGGAGCCGAGCAGCUCAACGCCACCGCUCCGCGCAAUGGCGGGGGCGCCCAGUGUGGCGAGUACACCAACCAGGUCAUGGAGGACGGCAUGUGCCGCCUGGUCGCCACGCUGCCCCAGCUGGACGAGCAGCAGUGCCCUGACAUGUUCCGCUGCACGGACGAGGUGUCCUACUGGCUGCACGAGAACGAGGAGAGGAAGCAGCAGAUCGUGGCCUUGAAGGAGACCAUCUCGGAGCUGCAGGAGGAGCUGAGGAACCACCGUCAUCGCAUCAAAGUCUUCGAGCUGCAGCAUGAGGACCACGGCCACUUGAACACCACCUUGGAGCGACGCUUUCACGACCUGGAGGCGCACUACGCCGAGGCCACCGCCUUGAUGCAUCUGCAGGGCACCCUCAUCCUCAACCUGCAGAACCAAGUUCACAAUCUCACCCUGCUGGUGGAGAGAGUCAAAAGGAGUCCCGGCUGUUUGAUCAACAUCGUCCGUCCCAACCCUCUAAUGAGCUCCCAGGAGGCCUUGCACCCAGAAAUCCAGCACAUGAGGAGCUGCCCCAUAGACUGUGCGUCCAUCCACCACAAUGGGGUGAGGAGGUCAGGCCUCUACACUGUAGUGCCGUCGCUUGCAGCCAUGCCUGUGGAGGUCUACUGUGACAUGGACACAGAUGGUGGCGGUUGGACGGUGAUCCAGCGGCGGGUCGACGGUUCCGUGAGCUUCGACCGCAGCUGGAGGGAGUACAGGGACGGUUUCGGCGACCUGCACUCCGAGUUCUGGCUGGGUAACGACCACAUCCAUGACCUGAGCACCCAGGCGGACUACAGCCUGCGCAUAGACCUGGAGGACUGGAGCAACAAGCACAAGCACGCGGUCUACCAGAGCUUCAGCGUGGAAGAUGAGGAGCACCAGUAUCGUCUCCACGUGUCUGGCUUCAGCGGCACCACGCAGGACUCUUUCGGGUGGUACCACGACAAGCAGAGCUUCAGCACACCUGACAGCGGUGACAUCUGUGCGGAGAUCUCCCAUGGCGGAUGGUGGUAUAGUCAGUGUUUCUAUGCACAUCUUAACGGAGUCUACUACAGGGGAGGACAUUACACACCUAAAGGCCGAGGUCACCUGGGUCCUGAUGGGAUAGUCUGGCACUCAUGGAGGGACACCGACUAUUACUCCCUACGCAAAGUCAGCAUGAUGAUCCGACCGCGCACCUUCCGGAGCCACCUGUCUCCCUGAGUCGCCGUCGCCGUGGCAACUGUUGACGUACGUAACAAUGCAAUAGACCAAAUGUGGACUAUUUUUGUGCAGCAUGUUUAUGGAAAACAUAAACUUUUACAUUUUUAUUUUUGGACAUUCUCCAUGACAGCGGAAGUAUUUUUUUGUACUUUUAUUUUGUACCAUUAGAUAGUUGCACUUUUUAACUGUCGAUUCAAAUAUAUAUUUUUGUUAGCAAAAAGAAAAGAAAAACAGAUUUUAAAUUACAAAACCCAAAAGCAGUGAAGUUGGCACGUUGUGUAAAUGGUAAAUUAAAAGAGAAUACAAUGAUUUGCAAAUACUUUUCAACUUAUAUUCUAUUAAAUAGACUGCAAAGACAA